AUGGACAGGCAGAGCCAGUUAUCACAUCAACAGGAUCAUUUUUCAGCAGCCUUAAGAGGAGCUGAUGGAGAGGAUGAGACCUACACGUUCCAGAGCUCCUGCCCCGGCCUGUACCAGUGCAGGCUGACUGGCCUGGUGUUUCACAUGGAAAGAGGGGGGGGGGAAGUGCUUUACAGAUUCGCCCCUUGGAACAGGAAGCUUCUAGCCCAGCAUCACAAGAAGCCUGCAGGUCCCCUGUUUGACAUCAAAUGUGAGCCACAGUCAGUGUGUCAGCUGCACCUCCCACGCUGUGAGAUCCGCUCCACAGGAGCAUGCCACUACUUGUCCGUUGCUUAUGUGAGAGAGGAGGACAUUGACUUUAUCCCCCCUCACAAGGUAACAGAAACUCAUGUUAUUAUAAACAUCACAGGGUUUUCUGGUUUUGGGAACGUUAAGGAUGAAGACUCGCCACGACCCGUCCGGGCGCAGGUUCUGCUGUUCUACAGGCCCCCAGCUGAUCCUAAUCCCACAUCCAUCUUAAAUGUGCUGUUGCUACCCAGAAACUUCAUGAUCAAGGAUGUGCAGCGCAAAAGGAAGGAGAUAGUUGGUGAAGAGACCUACAUAGAAACACCCCCCCACUGUAAACUUCAGCCAGAGCAGGAGUACACUCUGUCCACUCGCCCUCAAGACGACUCAGUUCGAGUUCAACCAACAGAGGCAGAGUUUUACUGUGACGACUAUGACAACUUCCACCCAUCAUUCCAGUGUCUGGGAAAGAAGAGUAUGUCUCUCCUCCUCUGGAGUGAGAAGGUCCUGUGA